AUGGGAAAGAACAACGCCAAGGGCGCUGCCGACAAGAAGGGCAAAGGAAAGGAGAAAGAGAAGGCCGGCGACUCGUCCAAGGACGGCGACAAGGGCAAGGGCCUGAAGCCCGCUAACUCCAUUAACGUCCGACAUAUUCUUUGUGAAAAGUUCUCCAAAAAGGAAGAAGCCUUAGAGAAACUCCGGAAUGGCGGCAAAUUCGAUGAUGUUGCGCGUGAAUAUUCAGAAGAUAAGGCUCGCCAAGGCGGCUCCCUAGGAUGGAAGGUUCGAGGAAGUCUAGACUCGAUCUUUGAAAAAGCCGCGUACGACCUGGAACCCAGUACGACGAACAAUCCAAAGUACGUGGAUGUUAAAACAAGCUUCGGGUACCAUAUCAUCAUGGUUGAGGGGAGGAAGUGA